AUGAGGUUGGGAAUCUGCUACAAGGCUUUUGACACACGUAAGACCUGGAACGAAGCGGCCGCGGCCUGUGGUGAAGACGGCGGCACCCUCACCAUGCCCCGAGACACUGAGACCAACGCCUUCCUGAUCUCCUUGUACAAGUCCGUGAGCGACAGUAUGAACUUCUUGUUUGGACUGCACGAUCGGCGCGAGGAGGGACUUUUUGAGUGGGUGGAUGGUUCUGCACUUGGCACGUACAACUCCUGGGGUCCGAGAGAGCCAAACAACGCUGGGGGCUUCGAAGAUUGCGUUCGUUACCAUAACGACAAGUGGAACGACGGCAGAUGCGACUACUGGCCGGCUGGCUUCAUAUGCCAUUCUGUCCCAGCUCAGUGGGAAGGUUGUCCUCGGCCUCCUCUGUACGCUUUCAUGAAUGUGGCUGUGCAGACCAAUCCUCGAUCUGCACCUCCGGGUGCAGGAUGGACAAGUGAAGCCCUGUGCAGAUGA